AUGGAAACCGUUGUCGUGACUGGUGGAUGCGGUGUAUUGGGACAAAAUAUUGUGAAGAAAUUAUGUGAAAAUCCACUAAUUGACGAAGUGAGAGUGAUCGAUAAAAGAACAACGAUCACGACAAAAGAAAUCCAUCCAAAACUUCGUUACAUCCAAUUGGAUUUGAGUGUAAAUGAUGGUGAUUUAGAUCGAUCACUUUUUGGAGUCACUUCUGUCAUUCAUGCGGCCAAGGCAGAUAUCCCGUUGACCUAUCAAAGUAAAGAGAAAUUGGCUGAGAUGUGGAGUGAUAAUGUUGAGGCUACGGAACGUCUUGUCGAAAGAAUGAUUGCUCGUAAAAUUCGUCGUUUAAUCUAUAUUGGUGACGCCUAUUCAGCUUUGCCUGUUGAUGAUAAUUUGGGACUUUCUGAGGAUAUUCAUAGAGGAAUUCCGUCGAGUUUUCUCAUGGGUGAAUGGGGCGAAUCGAGGACAAGAGCUGAGCUUUUGGCAAGGAAAGCCGCGGAAAAGGAUAAUCAAUUAGAUGCGAUUUUCCUUCGUCCAACUUGGAUUCAUUCCGAAAAACCGUCAUCAUUUUGGAUGGAAUUGAGGCGACUAGCCGAGAAUGGAGAUUUACCGUAUACACCGGGAGAAAGACGAGGAUUACAUCAAUUUAUUUACGCCGACAAUUUGGCGAAAACAAUCGAGAAUUGUGUGUUCUUUUUGAAAAAUGAUCCGAAGAAAUAUUCGAAUGAGAUCGUUUACCUCAUGGAUCACACGGGAGUUCAACCAUUUAUGCAAAUUGUUCGUGAACGUGUUGGACCAUCAUCUCUCUCGACUCCGAUCACUUUUCCUAUCGCUUAUCUCACAAAUUCCCUCCGUCAUUUCACAUACUUUUGUGGAAAGAAACACGAUGGUCAACUCCAUUUUCACACAUGGAGAACUCUUUUUGAGAAAGUGAUCGGAUUCAGCGAAAAGAAAGCACGAAUUUUGCUUGAAUAUAAACCACAGAUUUCAUCCGAAGAAUCUUUUCGUCGAUCAUUGUCUAUGUUCAAACAAUCCGAGCAAAAAUCCAGAGAAUUUGUGGAUGAAUACGAGAUUGAAAUCAACGAAACGACAAAGAAAUCAUCAUCGAUCAGACGAGCACAACAAGCU